AAAUUUCACUCCUUCUUGGAAUGGAAAUUUGAACAAGAUUACUGUAAAACGUUAGGAAUCACUGUGGAUAAAUAUAUACAAAAAACUGAAAACGUGUGGCACUGCCACGUGACAGAAAUCAAAUCUUCUACCAGGACGGCUUACGAGAAUAAUUUACGGACUGUAAGGUCACGGUGGCACAGUCCAAAUAUCAUCGGACGGCUAAGAAUAAAAAGUCACACGCGCGCGUCUACACUUGUGUGUAGUGUCUAGAAUACCAGAAGGGAAACGGGCUCGCAGUUCGAGGGAGCAAAAUUGGGCCAUGGCCCAUGGUCCAUGAGCUAACAGAAAUUGUUUAAAUGGCGAAUAGAAGCCGUACGGCCCGAAGGCCCAAAACCACCCCUUCACGUGAUUCUGAGCUUUUUGCAGUCCGACAGCUGCCCCCGCUCCCUUACGUGCUUUGUCACGUAUCGCGAUUUCCUCUCCACCAUCACGGCACCACCACCACAACCGUGCCGCAGCCUAAACCCUACCAGGGAAUGAUAUCUUCAGUUGAAGAGAGAGAGAGUUGAGGCAUAUGCCAUUAUUUUUCUGAAUCACGACAUAGAGGAUGCAGAAGGGAAGGGAAUGGCUUCGACUGUUAUUGCAUUUUCUGUUAUUGGUCGCUGCUUCUGUAUCGGAGGCUAGUCGAUCGCCGCCGGAGAAUUUAUUACAGUCUUCCGAAGCUCUCGCGCUACUCGCAUUCAAAUCCGCCGCCGAUUUGGGUAAGAAGCUGCAGUUCUCUCCCGACGGCACCGGCGACGCUCACUGCCAGUGGCAAGGAGUGAAAUGCGUUGAAGGUAAGGUGGUGCGCGUCAUUAUCGAGGGGGUCACUCUCGGCGGCGUUUUUGGCGCCGACACGUUGAGCCGUCUUGACCAACUCCGAGUCCUGAGUUUGCAGAACAACUCGCUAGGCGGGCCGAUUCCAGAUCUCGCCAGACUCGUCAAUCUCAAAGCCCUCUUUCUCGAUCACAACUCCUUCACCGGUUAUUUCCCUCCCUCUGUUUUAUUUCUCCAUAGACUGCGAACGCUAGACCUCUCCUACAAUAAUCUGACCGGACCGAUUCCAAUCCGAUUAGCCUCUCUGGACCGGCUGUACUAUCUUCGACUCGACUGGAACCAGUUCAACGGUUCGAUUCCUCCUUUCAACCAAUCAUCACUGCAAAGUUUUGACGUUUCCGGAAACAACUUCACCGGCGCCAUACCGGUAACUCCUACUUUGUCGCAUUUCGGAGCGGCCGCAUUUUUAUCAAACCCGGGGCUCUGCGGCGAGAUCUUACACAAAGAAUGCCAUCCGCGGGAGCCCUUUUUCAGUUCUUCUCCGGCGGUGACGGCGCCGCAGCCGCCGCGGGCUGAGCAGAGCGAGCAGGUACGGGGCGUUGAGUUCGCUGAGCAGAGUCCGAAGCACAAGAAAACGGUUGUUAUCCUGGGCUUCUCGUCUGGGGUUUUUGUUCUUUUCAGUUCAAUCGCGUGCUUCGCCUUCGCCGUGAAGAAACAGAGGAGCCAGAGGGCGUCGACGGCGGCGAUGGCCUCCGACUCGUCGGCCGCCGGGGAUGCUGCCGCGGUGAUGCAGAUAGAAGAGGAGAACGAGUUGGAAGAGAAAGUGAAGAAGGUGCAGGGGAUGCAAGUGGCGGCGAAGAGCGGGAGUUUGGUCUUCUGUGCGGGGGAGGCACAGGUGUACAGCCUGGAGCAGCUGAUGCGGGCAUCGGCAGAGCUUUUGGGGAGGGGGACCAUCGGAACCACCUACAAGGCGGUGCUGGACAACCGUCUGAUCGUGAGCGUGAAGAGAUUGGACGCCGGGAAAACCUCGGCGACGGGGAAGGAAGCGUUCGAGCGUCACAUGGAAUCGGUGGGAGGGCUACGCCAUCCGAAUCUGGUGCCGCUGAGAGCAUACUUCCAGGCCAAGGAAGAGAGGCUUCUCAUCUACGACUACCAGCCCAACGGCAGUCUGUUCUCCCUCAUUCACGGUUCAAAAUCCACACGUGCGAAGCCUCUCCACUGGACAUCAUGCCUGAAAAUCGCGGAGGACGUAGCCCAAGGCCUCUCCUACAUCCACCAGGCAUGGCGCCUCGUCCACGGAAACCUCAAGUCCUCCAACGUUCUCCUCGGCCCCGACUUCGAGGCCUGUCUGUCCGACUACUGCCUCGCCGUCCUCGCGGCUACCUCUGCCACCGACACCGGCGACCCCGCAGCCUCCGCCCACCAAGCCCCAGAAAUCCGAAAACCCCACCGACCGGCCACCCCGAAAUCCGACGUCUACUCCUUCGGCGUGCUCCUGAUGGAGCUCCUAACCGGAAAGCCUGCGUCGGAGCACCCGGAUCCGGUGCCCGGCGACAUGCCGAAGUGGGUCAGAACAGCGAGGGAAGACGACGGCGGGGAAGAUCAGGACAAGAUGGGGAUGCUGCUAGAGGUGGCGGUGGCUUGCAGCGCGACGUCGCCGGAGCAGAGACCGACGAUGUGGCAAGUGCUGAGGAUGAUACAGGAGAUUAAAGAGGCUGUAUUAAUGGAGGAUACUGAAUUGAUGGACCCAACUGAGGGGGUGUCGUAGUCGGGGUUCAAUCAAAUUCAAUCCUGCAGGCUUUUGAUCGAGUAUUAUUUUGUACAACAGACAGGAGAGAUGAGUAAUUAAUCAUGCACAGAGAGAAGGGGUAGAAACAGCAUUAAUGCUACUUUUUGCUAAGCUUUUCAGUUUCUGUAUGCCAUGUUUUGCAUUUCUACUGUCUUUCAUGAUUGAAUUCUUUUACUUUAAGGGUUCUGAAAUCUGCCAUGCAUGGAGUUUGCUGCAA